CGGGCCGCUGGAGUCCCGAGCCGCUGCAAUCUGUUGCGCCGCCGCCCGCCGGAGCCGGCAGAUCCGGGUCUCGUGGCUAAGAGUGACGUGGUCAAUCGAAUCAAAACAGAGGAGGGGAGGAAGCCGGCGACCAGGAGCGGCAGCGGCAGCGGCGUCUCGAGCAGCCGCAGCGUUCCCGAAGCUCCAGGCGGUCUUUCUGCCCAGCCUGGGUCCCGGCCCCCAUCCUCCCCGCCCCGUCGGUUGUGGUCUGGGCGGAUUUAAACAGUCAAGUUAAAUCAGGCUGGGUAAUCAUGGCAGAAGGUGGAUUUGACCCCUGUGAAUGUGUUUGCUCUCAUGAACAUGCGAUGAGAAGACUGAUCAAUCUGUUAAGGCAGUCCCAGUCUUACUGCACAGACACAGAAUGUCUUCAGGAAUUACCAGGACCUUCUGGUGAUAAUGGCACCAGUAUUACUAUGAUCUUGAUGGCCUGGAUGGUUAUUGCAGUGAUUUUGUUUCUACUAAGACCUCCUAAUCUAAGAGGAUCCAGCCUAACUGGAAAACCAACCAGUCCUCACAAUGGACAAGAUCCACCAGCCCCUCCUGUGGACUAAUUUUGUGAUAAGAGAAGAGGAAAUAACAGUUAACAUCUGCACGACCAAACGAACGAAGAUGACCAGAGUAUGAAGAUGACCAGAGUACUCUUAAUCCAGUUAGAACUGCAUUUCCUUUUGCAUCUGCAAUAUGGGAUGGUAUUGUUUUCAUGAGCUUCUAGAAAUUUCACUUGCGAGCUUAUUACUGCUUUUCGUGUUAUCUCCAUUCCUAUUUACUGUUUAUUUGAGUAAAUGAUUAUAUUUAAAAAAUUUCUUGGGGCUUUUUUGGUUAUCCUAAAUUUAAACAUUCCACUCAUUCUGUUUGUAAUUGUGAUCAUAAUUCUUGUGAUGAUUUCUGGCCUGAUUGAAGGAAAUUUGAGAUCUCUACAUUUGAAUAUUUUAGUUUUGAUAGUUAUUAAAUUUGAUUUUUUCCCCUCUAAAGGUAUUUAUAGUUAUUUGGGGCUAUCUGAGAUAGUAUGAAAAAAAAUUAUAGCUACACUGUAUUUGUAUUGACCUUGGUAGUUUAUUUGUGAGGGACAGUUUUCUCUAGUUCAUGGGACUAUGGCAGCCUUUGGAGUAUUUUGUAAGUUAUAGCUAAAAUUACAACUCACUUAUGUGACUACAAAAUGAGAAGAAAUACUUGUUUACUACGAUUUUUCACUCCCAUAAAAAUUUUAGUCUAAUAUUAAAAACUUAAAUAAACAUGAGUUAUAUAUGGUGGCUGAUUUCAAGUCCAUUAUAUGACAUUUGCAAUCCACUCUACACGAGCCUUACAUGGUUUCAUGAAAGAAGGAACAUGUUGAUUAUUUCUGCCUUUGCCAGAUAUAAUCUAUACAGUAAUAAUUUAAGAUCUAAUUUAUUUUUAAAAUGGGUGCUUCUUAAGAAGCUUUUCUGUUAUAACACUUCCCUAUUAAAUGAAACUAUCUUAAAGAUGUUUGGGGGGGCCUCUUUGGUUACUGUCAUUGAAUGCCUUAUUUACUGUUUUUUUCUUUGAAGAAAAAAAUCUGAGUCUUUUGUUACCUUUCUGACUUUAAAAAUAUUUAACAAAUUCUUGGUUUACUCUAAGGAAAAUGAGAAGAAAUCAAGGAUAUUUUUCUCACUCCUUACUUCAUUCUUGUUUGGUAAUGGGGUGAAUUGGGAUGGGAAGUAGCAUCAGCUUAAGUAAAAUUUUGGAAUGUAUAAAAAAGUAAAAGGUUGCUUUGCUUUGCUCAGUUACAAAAAUAUAUAUACAAAUGGCAUCCAAAAAGUCUGUGUAACCUGUAUGGUUAUGGAAUUAUUUCCUAGCAAGUGAUUGCAGAUAAUUUAUGGGAGCUAGAGGAUAGUUUGCUGUCAGUGUAUAAUGAGUUUCCCCUAGAUCAGUCAAAAUUUUCGUUGUAUAGAUCUCAGAAAUUUGUAUGAAUUGAAUAAACUUAUCUGUUAUUGUACUAUUUAAUAGUCUCUGAUAAAAUUGUGUAAUGCUUGUAGUUAUUUCCCCCUUUAUUAUAAUUACAUUCUAAGCCAUAAUCAUUGUAAGGACUUCAUUAUGUAGUUCAAAUAUUAACUGCUUGCAAUCCUCCUGUGCAUCUUGGCUUUUGUGCUCAAUUUCUUGAAAUAAUAUAACAAACUCCUAACUUGCGUUAAUCGAAGUGUAGCAUAACACAGGUAAGUCAAAUCUUAGAUUAAUGAACAUCAUAGAGUUAAGAUUUUUCCUUUUGCUGUAGCCUUACUGGAUGCCACCCCAUUUCUAUAGCUGUUUAAGUAUUUGAAACACAAAGGGCAGGACUGGCAUAAGAUGAAACAAAAUCCCUGUAAACAUUCCUUUUUCUGUCCUGGUCCCUGAACUUUGAAGGCUUGCACAUGUCUUGACAUUCUGUUUUCUAAGCAGCUGGAAAGCCAAUCUCUGGCAGAAAUAAUGACGUUUCAGUGGCUCUUGAACUCACAAAUAACUGAGAAUUGAAUUUAUUGAAGAAGUAGCCAUGACAUGAAACAGAACGUGUAAUGUUAGCUGGAAAUCUGGAUUCUUAUUCCUAUUUCAUUUCCGUCACAUACAUUUAGUUAACAUGACAUCUAGAAUAUUUUUCUAUAUGGACCAUUUGUUUAAUUAGUAACAAAAGCUCUUAAAGAGAUAUUUGUUCUUGAUUUUUUUCUUGUAAAGUAUCUCUGCAUUCCUGACAAAGACAGUGUACUACUGCUCAUAAAGUUUUCCUAUUAACCUAGCUAGUAAUUUAUAGUGUUAUUUAAUUUUAAAGCUUCUACGUACAGCCUUGUAUUGAGCACACUUUAUUAUUUGACUUACUUACAUUUGCCUGAACUUUAACUACAAUCAUUUAAAAGAAAAAUAAAUCUGGAAGAAACAUGAUGCAUCAUGUUUGAAUCUAUUUUGGCUCUAAAACAUUCCUCAAAUGCCAUUUAAAUUUAAGAGUCAUUUUAUGUUUAUUAUGCCAAAUAAUGUGUUUUUUUUUCUUUCCAUAUGGAAAAAGUUAACUAUGGAACUGUGUAUAGUAAAAGUUUAUCAUUUAUCUCUCCAAACACUAUCCCAUGGUUAGCAAGUCAUAUUUUAAACAACAGCCAUUCCAUGAUUACUUUCAUUGUCUUUGUGGUAUGUAAAAUGAUAGGAUGUAUGGAAUUACUGAUAAACUGACAUUUUCAAAGGAACCUUGGAAGCCCAAAACUCUGAAUGUUUGUCACUCUAAAUAUGUGCUAAAAUUUGAUCGGCUCAGUUUGAUACAGAACAGCAAUUUGGAGAAAUGAAGAGAGUUUACAGUUAAUAGGUUAAAUUUUUGUUGUUGCAAUAGUAGGUUUAGGCUUAACAUUUCCUGAAUAAAAAAUCAUACGUAUUUGUUACCAUGUCUAAUGAUUACUUUGUUCAAAGCAAAAGUGGUCAUGUGGUAUACUAAAUGUUAAUUGCUGACUUUAAGUGUUUAAAUCAUGCCAAACAAAUCAUGUCUGUGCCAUCCAGGGUUUAUUGUAAUCUUUUACUGAGUACUUGGAUUGGGAUAAAGGGCUUGUACUAUGCACUUUUUAUUAAUGAAUAAAUAGAAAACAUUAGUAACACUCACUGUUUUUUGUUUGGCUUUUGUGGGAAGAGAAGCGUCUUUUGUUUAGUAAAAUGUUAACAGCCUUUAUUAAACGUUUUCUUUAAAGACCUUUUAUUCAUAACUAAAGCAGUUCCUAAGAGAGACUUUAACUUACAAGGAGAAUGAGAAUACUUACAUAAUAGCAGCAUGAGCUUCUAAAAAUAGAGGUUCUAAGAAUGCCUAGAAAAUUAAGAUUGCAAUUGUGUGUGUUUUUGAUAUUUCUUUUUUAUUUCUCUCUAGAAUACAGUCAUUGGACAUCUGCAGUCGGGGAACAGUACCCAGUAGUGUUAAUUAUUUGAUCAGACAGGUUGAUCAAAAGGAGCUAGGCAUGUAACUAUUAAAAAAACAAAAGUGAAAAUCACUUUUGUUCUGUCACCUGGAAUGCAUCUAGGUGCUAAAGAUCAUUAAUAUCCUGAAUACACGUGAAAAUGGCAAAAUAUCUCUGGCAUAUAUGUAUUUAUAAAAU